GUAGGCAUUGAACAAGAGAGAGAAGUGGAUAGCAAACUGAUGAAGGUACCCUUGGUUUGGGGAGGAAUCCUGGCGAAAAUUUGACAAUGACACUGACAGUCACUGUAAUAUUACGUGAUGAACAGGGGCAAAAAGGUGAAAUGCAUACAACUAAGUGACUAACCUCUUCUCUCUAACAAGAAGAAGAAAAAAAGCUCAACACACAAUAUAAAAGAAAAGGGCAGUGGAGAGAGAGGAAUAAAGCAAAGCUAAUGGGGAAGAAGAGAGGGGAAGGAGGAAGAAGUUGUCUUGUCUAUGGAGGCCAACUGGGCAGCUCAGCAGCCUAGUCAGCACAAAAAAGGAAAUGAUACUCAUUAAUUUAACCCCUCUUCUCUUCUUCCUCCAUUCCCAAAACCCCCCAAUAGAGAGAGCCUCCCAACGACAUCUUCAUUUCUGCUCCAUUCUUCUCCUCCUUCAUUCCAUUGCCAGUCCUUCCAAACCUCUUCUUCUAAAUCAUUCCCUUACCCCUAGAAUUAGAAGCCUAUCUGGUCCAGAAGGUAAUCAAUGUUUUUUUUCCCUUUAUCAUAUCAUCUAUCAUCAUUACAAGCUUCCAUUCCCUCUUAUUUUGUACCGUUUCUUCUGUAUCUCCCCUUCUCUUUCUCAGCUCACUGGUUUCCCAGUUUGGUAGGGGAGAAAUGAGGAACGGGAGAGGGAUUUAGGGGGGAAUGGGAAUCCAAAUUUUCUCUCUUUCCUUAAUUUUAAUGACUGGGGUCUUUGUCAAUACUCUUUUCUUUGUCUUUUAUUAAUUUUCCUUCGUUGAACUCUGCUGUUUGUGUUUGGUUGCUGAGUAAACCGAGAAUCCUUGUCACUGAGUGGGAAAUUUCAGGUUCGCAGCUGCUGUUGGCUUUUAUUUCUUUCUAAAGCCUCUUCCUUUUUCCGUUUCCUCAGGGGAGUGAUUGAUCAGUGAAGCAGAGGGAAACAGAGAAGUAGAUAGCGAAGGAAGAAGGAGAGUAGAGGGUCUAAGAUGUUGUCGUGCAUAACGUGCACGAAGCCGUCGGCGGAUGACGAAGGGGAGGAGGUCGGCGGCGGAGUAGCGUCGGCGCGUGGAGGGAGUGAUACUCCCAAUACUAAAGAAGCCGUCAAAAGCCUGACGAAUCAGAUCAAGGACAUGGCACUGAAGUUAUCAGGCACAUACAAGCCCUGCAAGCCCUGCACAGGAGGAUCAUCCAGCAGCAACUACAAGAAAGGACACCACCGCCCUUACCCUGACUUGGAUGCAGCCUCGGAAGGAGGCGUUCCAUAUCCUUACUUCGGUGGCGCGGCAAGCUCCAGUUCCACGCCGGCAUGGGACUUUCCUGGCCGCGGUGGCGGAGGGAGAAGCGACACCAGAUUCGCUUCAGGGGAUUCAUGCGAUGUUGUGAUCGAUGAUGAGCCCAAGGAAUGGAUGGCUCAGGUCGAGCCUGGCGUCCACAUCACCUUCGCUUCCCUCCCCAAUGGCGGCAACGAUCUCAAACGGAUUCGGUUCAACCGGGAGAUGUUCAACAAGUGGCAAGCGCAGAGUUGGUGGGGUGAGAACUACGACAGGAUCAUGGAGCUUUACAAUGUGCAGAGAUUCAACAACCGCCAGUCUCUCAACACUCCUCCAAGGUCUCAAGAUGAGCAUAGAGAUUCUACUUAUUCGAGAUUAGGCUCUGCAAGGGAAAGCCCCAUGGCGCCAUCAUUCACACCAAGGAACUACUACAGGCCAUCUCCUGGGAUGAUGGAACAGGGCAGCAGCCACCAUUACCCUCCCGGUUACGGUCUGGGAAGCGGCCCGAGAGGCGAGGCUUCCUCGAUGGAAGCCUCGAGAACCACAACCUCUUCCCAAGACGAGCCGUCGAUCUCGGUGAGCAAUGCCAGCGAUUUGGAGGCGGAGUGGGUCGAGCAAGACGAGCCUGGAGUGUACAUUACCAUCAGACAACUCGCGGAUGGUACCAGGGAGCUCCGGCGGGUUCGGUUCAGUCGAGAAAGAUUUGGGGAAGUGCAUGCUAAGUCAUGGUGGGAGGAGAACAGGGAUAGAAUACAAUCUCAAUACCUGUAGAGAGAGAGAGAGAGAGGUUUGGAACAGAGCAAAGGUAAAAAAUUUUUAACAGCAUCUCAAAGGAAGUGGAGGGUUGCAGUUGCAGAUUGGAUAUCCUCCAGGGAAAGAUAUGAUAUGAGUGUUCUUUCUUUCUUCCAAGUUGUGUUCACACAGUUCACUGAACAUGUGCUUAGAAAAGUAAUUACGGCAAUUGGGAAGAACAUUGGCUGAAAGAGUAAAAGUGCAGCGUUACUGGAUGCCCGCUUUUUGGCCUGGAAUGUGAGUCUGUAACCAUAGUAAUUCUUUCUACGUCACUGCGAUCUUUAGGGUAGGGGGAUAAUGUGUACUUUCAUCAAUAGAAACUGUUGGGCAUGUGACUCGGAUUCCGCUGCGCCAAAGAAAUACAGACACCAAGAGACGGACGCAUCAGCAUCGGCGCGAGCGAACACAUCGGCGAGCGCCAACACCAAGAGGCGGACGCGCCAGCACCGGCGCGAGCGAACACAUCGGCGAGCGCGAAUACCUAGAGACGGGCGCAUCAGCGCCAGCGCACCCGAGGGCAGUCCGAGUCCAGUAUUGACUAAAUUAGCGAGUACGGGAAACGACGCCGUGUCCCACCUAUUGGGUGGUCACAUCACAGUCCUAGGUAUAAUGAAAGGCUAAAUGUACU